UAGAAUCGCGAAAAUCAACACGUCUCCGUAAACAUACGUCUUUAAGUCUAAUACGGUGGAUGAACGAGAUAUAUACUUUCACUGGCGAACUUAUCAACGAUCAUCUUGGACAACACGACGCCGAAAGUAAUAAUUCCUCUCAAGUACAGCCAUAUUGCUCUUUUUGUUUUCCACCACCAAGAGAAUUUACCCUUCCGUUUCGACGAUUUUGGCUUUGGAUUGAAUUGGCAGGAGCUUGUGCAUAUAAUCGCAUCACGCAGCAAACGUUUGACGAGUUAAUUUCAUACGAUUACGGGGAGGUACACCCAUCAAUUAUUAGACAACGAAUAACUCGGGCGUUCGAACAAAACAUUCACAUUGAUCAAGAAGACGAGGAAUUUUCUGAUGAUCAUUAUUCCGAGACCGUUGACACCGAAACGCAGACACAAAAAGACUAUCCGAGAAACGGCUCAGAAGAAUCGAUAAUUUACGAGGAGAAUCCCCAACACAACAAUGGAUGCCAUGAUGAACGUAAUCCAAGGACUAACCCUCGACCGAAUAUGGAAAAUCAAUCAACAAAUAAUGGACUCACCCAGAAUAAUGAUACCAACGCCGCUCUACUUGCACAAAUUCAAGAAUUAACCAACGCACUCCAACAACAGAACAGUAGUAACUCUUUGUUAGGUAUACACGGAUCUCUGGCUGGAGAAAAGAAAUCUCGUCAGGACCACCGGUAUAAUCCAUUAAACAAGAAGCAUCAUACUCGAAGUACCGUCAAUGAAAAUGAAGAAGUCGAGGAAGAAGUAAUUAUCGGAGAUGAUGAUAUGGAAAAAGCUGGCCCAGAAUGCUCACCGACUAGGAUUGGUAAAAGAAAACCAAGAGAAGUGUCCAUGAUUACAGACCCCCUUGAACAAACAGCGGAACAGGCUGGGGAAAUUACGACUGAAACUCGCCAUGACACAUGGUAUGAACAAUGUGAUGAAGCUCAGAAGAUUAUUGAAGACACUAUGCAAGAGGAAAUCACGCCAACUGUCGACCUUAUUGAAAUUGAAAAAAUGUUCGAAGAAAUAUUCCACUUUCUCCUCGACGCUCAAAAAGAAAUCGAGGAAAUGGAAUUUCUCAACGAAAGUGAUAAUAAAUACGAAUCCUAUACAAAACUCUUAAACAAUUAUUAUCCUUGUAACGAUAAUGAGAAGGAACAAACGAUUAGUAAGAUUCCUAUACAUGAAGAA